AGAUACUGUUCCAUAAAAUACGUCAAAUGAAAUGGAUGCAAUAUCCUAGUUUGAAAACUUCACCGGUAUAAAAGGGGGUGUGUCUGAUGGUUUCUGCAUCAGUUUCACUGGAGCAAUCUUUAUUGAUACUAUCUCAUCAUGCAUACCCUUGUGCUUUUCUCAAUCCUUGCAUUGGUUGCGUCACCAAUUUUCGCCGAAGAAGUUGCUACAGACAAAAAGGUUGACAAAAGAGGAGUUUUAGGACUUGGAUAUGGAGGUUACAAUGGUUACUAUGGUUUAAAUGGUUUAAAUGGUUAUGGAGGAUAUGGACAUCAUGGAUAUUUAAGUUCUCCAGUUUAUUCAGUAGGACACGGAAUUGCCCCUUCAUACUCUCAUGCUUAUACAGCACCUCAUGCUGCAAUUAAUCAUGGUUAUACUGCGCCAAUUUAUACUGUGCCACGUUUUGGAUAUCACUCAAUUGGACAUGGAUUAAACUACUUGCAUGGCUGGUAAAUUUUGUAGUAGUGUAAAAGUUCAAAACUUUUACAUAAACAAAAUUUAUUCAAUAUAUUAAUAAUUAUUUUUUACAUCGCUCUUGCAAUUUGUGAAAAAAAAUACAUUUUCCUCAAUUUUUUGUAUUUUUUAAAAUAAAAUAAUUUUGGACUUUAAA